CUCAGACGUACGUUUCGGAGCAGUUGGUCCUCGUUAUGGCGGGUUUCGAGACCUAUCGAAUUAAAGUGUAGUGAUCAAUAAAUUUCGAGUGAACUACGGGUCAAUAUGUGGGGGAUAAACGUGAAGGUCAAUGGAAUUAUUUUAGCUGUUGUGGCUCAUUACACUCUUGCACAAAUUGCAGGGGCUGACUCAUUGCAUUAUUUGGAGCCUGGAGACUCAGUAGAGAAUGCAAAGCCUGGAUUGAGAAUAUUUUGCCACAAUUCGAAGUCGAAAUAUCUCAUUCAUCUCUGGAGAACUCUAACGUUGAGUUUGUACACUGACUUGGAGACUUAUGAUCUCUUCGAUGGGAAGAGUCCGUCUGAGGUCGUGGAGAAGCAUGACCUUAGCCAGAGAUCCUGGAGAUUCAAUUGGUUUGGUACGAAGAGGAGUAAAAAGAUGAAGAUAAAUCCCUUCGAGGACACUUGCAUUGGGAUUUACACACCUCCCGCUAAUAAUUAUCGUUACAAGAUGUCAAUGACAUUGACAAGCAUUGAUAUCUGGAAGGUAGCCCUCACCGUCGGCGGCGUUCUUCUCUUCUGGUCUGCUCCGAAGCUCAGCAGGAAUUCAUUAUUUUAUUAUCUCACUGGAGUCACCCUGGGGGAUGCAUUCUCUGUUCUCAUCCUCAUUUGGUUCAUCAGUAAAUUAUUCGGCAGAGGAAAAGCAAUGUACCUGAUGAUCGCUAGUGGUUGGACCUUGAGCACUUGGUUGGCAAACAUCCUCUGGGAGAAUGCCCAAAUUAUUCUCCUACAAUACAGGGACUACGUCCUGUGGUAUCUCCUGGCAACUUCCCUCAUCAGUUUUAUAAUUUGUUAUCGGAUUGGACCGGUAACUAAUACCAGAACGAAAAACAUCAUCCAGUGGUUCCUCCAGGGCUGUGGAUUACUGAUGAUAUAUUUUAGCAGCCACUUCCACGAAGCUUCCAUUGCGAUCUGCAUCCUCAUAAUUGUCUUCUAUAAUUUUCCGAUCGUUGCCUUUCGCAAGGGAAGAAUCUAUUGUCAGGCAUUCAUACAGAGAUCAUGCUUAAAAUAUAAUUCAAUCAGGAACUCGAUGUUUCCCGAACGUCCGAGAUUACUGACAGAAGACGAAUACAGACAACAGGGAAUUAAAGAAACUAGAAAAGCACUCGGAGAGUUGAAGGAAUUUUGCUCCAGUCCAGAAUGUAGCCCCUGGAAGACAGUAUUGAGAUUAAAAGACCCCAUAAGGUUUGCUGAGUUUAUGGAGGGGAGCCCUCAUCUGUCUCAAAACGAGAGCUAUGAGCAUGAUGUGGAACUCACAAGACUCAUCGAGGAGUGUGAAUACACCGAAGAUGAAGACGAGGAUGAUUACUGAAUAAUUAAGAAUCAAUCCACAAUCAUUGUACUGCCAUCGAGCGAAUCAAUUCAUUUUGUAUAUACCUUUUCCACGUCUCAUUGUGUCUUAAUAAUUAUAAGGGGAAUUGUAUUUUCUUAUUUUUUAGGAAUGUUUGAGAAUAAAAUAAAUACUUGACAGUU